AUGAACGAGCGUGAGAAGGCUCUGGGCUGCAAGGCGGUCGUCAGGAUGGAGAGCGUGCGGGGUCAGUGCUUCCUCCAAAACCCCGCCGCCGCCGGCGAGCCCCCGAAGCAGUUCACCUUCGACGGGGCGUACUACCAGGAGCACAACACGGAGCAGAUCUACAACGAGAUCGCCUACCCGCUCGUGGAGGGUGUCACCGAAGGCUACAACGGCACCAUAUUUGCCUACGGCCAGACUGGCAGCGGGAAGUCAUUCACCAUGCAGGGAAUCGUGGAUCCUUCUACACAGAAAGGCAUAAUACCCAGGGCAUUUGAACACAUUUUUGAGAGCGUGCAGUGUGCUGAAAAUGCCAAGUUCUUGGUGAGAGCUUCCUACCUGGAGAUUUACAACGAAGACAUACGAGACCUUCUAGGAGCUGAUACCAAGCAGAAGUUGGAGCUGAAGGAGCACCCAGAGAAAGGGGUGUACGUGAAGGGGCUCUCCCUGCACACAGUGCAUAGCGUGGUCCAGUGCGAGCGGAUCAUGGAGACGGGCUGGAGAAACCGAGCGGUGGGUUACACCCUCAUGAAUAAGGAUUCUUCCCGCUCCCACUCCAUCUUUACUGUCAGUAUGGAAAUCUGCACCGUAGAUGAGCGAGGGCAGGAUCACCUUAGGGCCGCAAAACUCAAUUUAGUGGAUCUGGCAGGAAGCGAGAGACAGUCAAAAACUGGAGCCACGGGUGAGCGGCUGAAAGAGGCCACCAAAAUCAACCUCUCCCUCUCAGCUCUGGGCAAUGUCAUCUCGGCCCUGGUUGACGGCCGGUGUAAGCACAUCCCCUACCGAGACUCCAAGCUGACCAGGCUGCUGCAAGACUCCCUCGGAGGGAACACCAAGACGCUGAUGGUAGCGUGCUUAUCUCCGGCUGAUAACAACUACGAUGAAAGCCUCAGUACUUUACGCUAUGCUAAUCGAGCGAAGAACAUCAAGAACAAGCCCUGUAUCAACGAGGACCCCAAGGAUGCUCUGCUGAGGGAGUAUCAGGAGGAGAUUAAGAAGCUGAAGGCCAUUCUAGCUGAACAGAUGAGCGCGAGUAACUCUUCAGCCCUGGAAACAAGGCUCCUACCCACUGAGAUGGCUCACCUGGAAGCAAAGCCAGCUCCCCCCCUCAAACCCGAGUUAGAUCUUGAAGCAGAGAAGCAGCUGAUCAGAGAAGAGUACGAAGAGAGGCUGGCCCAGCUAAAGGCCAGCUAUGAAGCGGAGCAGGCGUCCCGUGCCCACCUCGAGGAGGACAUCAGUAGCCUGAGGAAUCACUACGAUCUCAAGCUGUCUGCUCUCGAGGAGAACCUCAGGAAGGAAGCUGCCACGAGGACUGAAACUACUCCUGACAAGACACCUUUGCCUGAAGACUCUGUCGCUGCAGCAGACGAAGAACCAACAUCAGCCCAGCACCCAGCAGCGCCUCAGACCGUCCAAGACGCUGGCAGCGUGAGCAGGGGAAGUGCUGGAGCAGAGGUGGCCGUUGCUGCUGAGGGGAUUUCCACACCUGCAGACCAGCAGCAGGUGCUCGCCAGGCUGCGGAUGCUUGAAUGCCAGGUGGUAGGGGGGGAACAGGCCAAAAACAAGGACCUCAAAGAAAAGCACAAACACCGGAAAAAAUAUGCAGACGAGCGGAGGAUGCAGCUGGCGGCCGCGCUGCAGCAAUCAAAUGAGGACAGCAGCGACUGGGUUCUGCUUAACGUCUACGACUCUAUCCAGGAGGAGGUUCGAGCCAAGAGCAAGCUUCUGGAGAAGGUGCAGAAGAAGCUGCGCGCUGCCGAGACCGAGAUCAAAGAUCUGCAGUCGGAGUUUGAGCUGGAAAAGAUUGAUUACCUUGGCACCAUCCGCCGCCUGGAGCGGGACCUGAUGCUCUUCCAGCAGCUGCUGGAUCAGGUGCAGUCCCUCAUCCGGCGCGACUGCAACUACAGCAAUUUGGAGAAGAUCAAGCGUGAAUCUGUCUGGGAUGAGGAAACUGGCUGCUGGAAAAUUCCAGAGCCUGUCAUUCAAAAAACCCACCUGCCCGCAGUUCCAGCCCUGCCACAGCCCAAACCUGCCCGCAAGAGCCCUUCAGCCGAGAGCAGAGCGCUAACGCCCGAGGAAGACCGCUACAAGCUGGUGCUGGACAGGAGCGAC